AUGGCACCGAAACGGCCGCACGACGACGCCGACCACGGCAGGCCCUCCAAGAAGGCGAACAAGGGCUUCUCCGUCGGGCCUGCCAAUCUGCCCGACGGCACCCACAGGCGCAAAGUGCAAAAGAUCAAGAAAAGCCUCAUCCACAAAGCCAAGCUGAAGAAGGAAUACCGCAAGGUGCAAGCGCAAGAAGAUGCUCCAGCCCAGAACACCGCCUACUAUGGCAACAGCGAAGAGGAACCCGGCGCCGACAUGCCCGAGCCCACCUUGGAGCCACAUCCCGACCGUGUGAAGAUGCUCGAGGAGCCUGAACCCGAGCCCGAACCAGUACCAAGAUUUGCCUCGGGGCCGCGGAAACAGCGCCGACCGCGACCGCAGCCGUUUGAGAAAGAGGCGGAGCUUGGGCGGCAGAGGAAAGAGCGGGCUGCCGCAGAGCAGAAAGCGCGCGAGGAGGCCGAGCAAGAGCGUGCAAGAAAGCUGGCAGACAGGGAGCGCUUCCGGAAGACCAUGGCCAAGGCGAGGCAUGGCGGUCCAAAUGGCCAGAGGAAGCUCGGUCGCGAGAGCACUGUCCUGCUGGAGAAGGCACGACGCCUGGUCGGAAAAUCUUGA